AUGUUAUACGGUGCAAUAAUUGAACCUGGAAAAUCGGUGACCCCAAAAAAUGAGCUAUCCAGUGUGGUUCACAUAUCACAACUGUGCUUGGAUGAACCUAGUGAGAAUGGGAAGACCUAUGUUCAAAUAAACGAUGGGGAAACUUUAUUCAAUCUAUGCGUUUUGGAAAAGGAUGUGAAUGAGAUGGCUACAGUCGACGUGUUCUUCUCAACAAACAGCAUUUCACUAACCACUAAGGGUGCAAAAAACAACGUCCAUGUUGUGGGCUAUUUUGAACCUGAUGAGGCUGGUGGUUUAAUUUCGGAUUCAGAUGAGUUUGAGGAUGAAGAAGACGACGAGGCGGAGGUAGAUCAGGAUGAUGAUGAUGAUGAUGAUUUUGAUGAGGGGAGCGAAGAUGAGGAGAAAAGCUCCAAGAGAAAGGGUGGCAAAGGCAAGAAUGACAAAAAUCCAAAAAAACACAAGGUUGAAGAUGAUUAUGAAAAAUCACUCUGUGAUUAUCUCAAGAAGAAUGGGAAAACAACCCUCGCGUUGUUGGGAUCGAAGGUCAAGAAGCCUGUUGGUCUGAACGUUAAGAUUGGGCAAUUCCUCAAGGAGAGGUCCAAUAUAUUCAAAGUCAACGGUGAUUCUGUGUCACUGGUAUAG